AAAGGAUAUGAAUUCGCAAAUGCAUUCUCCUCGUUUGUUCCGUGGUUCGAAUCCUCGAUGCGACUGAUCUCAGAAAUCAUCAAGAUUUACGAGGAUGCUGAAUAUAACGAAAAAACAUGUCGCGUGCUAGUCGAUCGAGUGGACAGUGUCUCCACUGCGCUCAGAAAGUUGCAGCGACGAAAGGAAGAAGAUGAGACCGUCUUCCGUGGUCAAGCUUACUAUAAAACUUUUGUAAAAUUGAAUCGUGUCUUAAAGAAUAUUAAGGAUUUUGUCAAAAGCGUAUCACAAUUGAAGGGUUUCAAGAAGUACCUGUAUGCCACCAACACCAGGGAAAAGUGUAACGAACUUAUAAAAGAAUUGGAGGCUACAUGCAGUGACCUAUCAUUGGGCAUCAUAAUUUCCCUAGAGGACCAGAAAAAGGAACAAAAAAGUUUAGAGGAAGAUGUUCAAACUAUGGCUCGGUUUAUGGAAACCAUCGACGCAGGUGUGACAACCAUACAGGAUCAAGGAGAGGAACAAAGAAAAGUCCUCAAUAUGGUUUUCGAAGAGGUGCACGCAAUCAAUAAGAGGCUCGAUAGAGAUGAUAACGAUUCGUUGAAUUUCCUAAAGAUCAAUUCUCAGGACCUUAAAGAUGUAUCCACCUUUGAUAACCCGGAGGUCACCAGGGGGAAGGUUUUCAAGAGAUUAUUGAAAGGCAUACAUGAAGUCGCUUGUAAGCCUGUUCACAUUCCCCCCGAAGACUUCCCCAAAAUGAAGGCACGAUUGGCCAUCUUGAGUCGAUUACAUCAUUCGGACAAGAUCAUCAAAUUUCACGGACUUGCUGAAUAUAAUGGAAGUCACCUUAUCAUAUUUGACUGGGCGGAACAUGGAAACCUCAAAGAGGUUUACGAACGGGAUCACGAUAUGAGCUGGGAAUCAAAGCUCUCAAUUGCUCAUGACAUUUGCAGGGGUCUUAUAUUUUUACAUGGGUGUGAAGUAUACCAUCACGAUGUGCGAUGCGAAAACGUCUUGAUUACCGGAGAAUAUAACUAUAGCGCGAAACUAGCUAAUUUCGAUCUAUGUCGUAAAACAACUCAGAACAGUAUCGAAAUAAAAAAUAUCUACGAUAUAGUUCGCUGGUUGGCUCCUGAGAAAAUGCCCAAAGAUAAUAAAACUCCUCCUGAAAAAUAUACUUACAAGUGUGAAGUAUUUAGUUAUGGAAUGUUGCUCUGGGAAUUAGCCUUUCAAAAACUUCCAUACCUAGGCAUGGACGGUAUGACUAUCUGUGAACAUGUAAAAAGUGGAAAGAGGGAACGGUUGGAUUUUCCUUUGAGUCUCAGAGAUUCAAGAGACAUAAUAGGUGUAUUUCGUACCACCAUUAAAAGAGCGUGGGAUGAUGAUCCUACGUUACGGCCAAAUAUCAGUACCAUAUUUACCGAACUCGAUAAAAUCAAAUCGAUACAUUCUCCGUCAAUGCGUCCCACGCGUCACAGUUCAUCAAGUAGUAACUUAAGUAUACCACCGAAUGUAAGUGAAAGUGUUAAACAAGUUGAUGAUGACAGUGAUGACGAUGAUGGUCCCGUGCUAGGAGACGAAGUACCUGUGUUAAUUCUUCCACUUGAAGAGGGCAUCGAUGCUCACAAGCGGAAGGAACGAAAGAAGGCUUGGGAGUGCUUUGAAAUUCAUGCAGAACUAGGCGAUCCGUUGGCCAAAUUCUGGAAAGGAUACUAUUUGAGCGAAGGUUACUGUACCCAAAAGAGACCUGAAGAAGCUUUGGCAUUGUAUAAAGAAGCAGCCGACGCAAAUAUCCCGGAAGCACAACUUCAUUACGCGUUUUCGAUGUUGGACAGAAAGAAC